AUGUCAUCGGACCCGAUUUCAUCGUCACAAAUAGACAAUAAUUCGUCUAAUAAUGAUAACCAAAAUAUUGCCGAUGUUCUCUUGUACGCCGAAUCGAAAAUAACACGAAAACAAGCUGUACGUGAAAUAGCUGAUGUUGUCUUGCGUGCUAAUAUGAGACCACGAACAGUUAAACGUGCAUUGCAAUUACUUAAAGCACUCCUACCAUCGGAAAAUACGUUGCCAGCCACGGUUGACGAACUUUUCGGGGCUAUGCUAUCAUCGGAAAAUGACUGGCGAUUAGCACAAUAUUUAAUCAGACAUAAACAACGACCAUCCUUUUUAUCAUCAUCAUCUUCGAAUAUGUGGAGUGAAAAUUCGAAUUCAGCCAAUUCACUUAUCGCUGCUAGUUCAUCAUCUAUGCCACAAAAUCCAGAGCUACAUACACCAGCACAGUCAUCCUCCUUAUUUUUACCUGUCAGUAGUAGUAGUAGUAGUAGUAGCAGCAGCAGCAGCAGCAGCAGCAACAACAGCAGCAGUGAUUCUUCUUCUUCAUCAUCAUCCUCCUCUUCUUCAUCAGCAUCAUCCACAGCAAGUUCGGAUGAUGACGACGACGAAGACGAACGAAAUAUUCUUCUUGCAAUACAAGGCGCUCAACAACAAGAACAAGAACAACAUCUCAUAAAUUCAUCAUCACCAACGACUGCAACUGCAGGAAAUAAUCUGAAUAAUAUAGUAUCAACUAAUAAUAAUAAUAACAAUAAUAAUGAAUCAUCUGAUCAACGAUCUCAAAUAGUAUCUAGUUCAAUUAAUCGAUUUCCUCUACUGGGUGCAUUCAAGCGUCAACUAAGCGAUACAUCAUCGGAAGACUCAGAUAGUGAACCUGAUGUAUUCUAUUCAACGAGAAUAUCAGAUGAUGAUGACGACGACGACGACGAUGACGACAAAGAUGACGAUAGUGACAAAGAAACAACAUUUUAUCCUAUUUCCAAUAACAAUAAUAAUAUUAAUAAUAAAUCAUGCUGUUUUGAAAUGAAUGGAUGCGAUCUACUCGAUGGUGGUAAACGACGUCGACAUUAG